GAUUUACGAAAAACUAAAAAAAGAAGACGCGAAUUUAAGGUUAAGUUCGUGUGUUUGAAAUUGUCCCAAAAAUGCUCAUACUUUAAACAAAAUAAGAGGUACCAAGUAAAAUGUCGCAAAUAGAAUUCGUUUUACCCGGCCAGGUCGUUAAAGAUGUGAAAUCUGUGCGAGGAGUAACAAUUUUGGGUCCAGGUUUGCGACAAAAUGAGGAUCAACCGAAUACCAUUUGUGUAACCCAACCUGGAAAGCUAUAUUUUAAGAGCCCCAAUGUGUACUGGAUCGAAGGCAACAGAAACAGGUACAUCCCUAAGAAGUACGAUUUAGUAGUAGGAGUUAUAGUGAAGAAAUCCGGAGACAUGUUGAAAGUGGACAUCGGUAGUGCAGAGCACGCUUCGUUAUCGCUUUUAGCCUUCGAGGGGGCUACCAAGAAGCAGAAGCCUGAUGUGCAAGUGGGCGAUAUUGUGUACGCAAAACUGUUGAAUGCUCAUAGGGAAAUGGAACCGGAAUUAGUGUGUGUGGAUUCUUAUUACAGAGCCGGUACUUUAGGAGUGCUUUCUAACGAUGGAUUCCUGAUGAAUAUCAGCCUAACAUUAGCUCAAAAACUGUUAGACAUUCAAAAUCCACUGUUAAGAUCGCUCGGCAAGAGAUUUUGCUACGAAAUAGCUGUAGGUGUAAAUGGAAAAUUGUGGAUUAACGCCAGAAAGACUAAAGAUGUACUUAACUUGAUGAAGGUGUUUCAGAUAACCGAUCAAAAUGCUAAGACGGAUUUAAGUGAAGUAAAUAAAAGUAUUUUGUAAAAAUA